GAAAAGUGCUUCCUUAUCUGCACGCUUGACUUAUUACAGAAGUACACAGCUGAUAGAGGCGAAAUUGUUGAGAUAUCGCGUGUGAAAUAACUUAAAUAACAGCUUCCAACUCAGUCGAUCUCAGAUAUUCCUUCUCAAAAGACUGCUAUUUCCAGUAGCAACCCCUGUUCCACAUCCCUUAUCACAGAAAAAUGGCCAGUACUCCCGAAGUGAAAAUUCCUGAUAAAAAUACCGAAAUUAGUCAAGUCGAAAGAUUAGAAGAUGCUAAAAUACCUUUCUGGAGGAAACGACGCUAUCACGUCGUCAUAAUGAUCUUUCUCGGAUUUCUAAAUCUCUACACUUUGCGAAUAAAUCUCAGUGUGGCUAUUGUGGCAAUGACAGAGAAAAACAACGUAACCCUCGAUAAUGGAACCAUCGUCGAAGAACAAGAAUUCGAUUGGGACUCUAAACAACAAGGACUCAUCCUAAGUUCCUUCUUCUACGGCUACAUUUCGACGCAACUCAUAGGAGGAAUUCUGGGAGCUCGAUUCGGUGGUCACUUGAUUUUCGGACUUGGAAUAGGAAUAACAGCUGUUUUGGGUCUUUUAACACCUAUUGCUGCAAAAGCUCAUUUAGCUCUGUUUCUCACCAUAAGAAUACUUCAGGGUUUCUUUGGCGGAGUUGUUUUUCCUUCAGUGUUAGCCAUUUGGUCACAAUGGGCGCCUAUUUUCGAACGAUCCAUUAUGGGAAAUGUAGCAUAUACUGGAACCUAUGUUGGAACCAUAACUGCAAUGCUUCUCUCUGGAGUCUUGAGCGUUGCUUGGGGCUGGGAGAGUAUUUUUUAUGUUUUUGGUACAAUCGGAUGCAUUUGGUAUAUCUGUUGGAUUUUUAUAAUAAAAGCCAAUCCAGGAGUUGAUCCUUUUAUAACAGAAGCUGAACAGAAUUACAUUUUGUCUAGUAUUGGUGAUCGAACCAAAGGCAAAACCAUUAAUCAUCCUUGGAAGGAUAUAUUGACGUCUUUGCCAGUCUGGUCAAUUGUAGCAGGAAAUUUUACAGCCAUGUGGGGCUUAUACACACUUCUGACUCAAUUACCAAUGUUCUUAAACGACGUUUUCGACUUCAAUUUGGACACUACCGGAUUUAUGGCUGCUAUCCCCUAUAUGGCGAUGGUUGUAUUGCUUUUUGUCUCUGGAUAUUUAGCUGAUUGGCUUCAGAUCAAGGGAUACCUUAGAACAGGACAAGUUCGUCGAUACUUCAACAGUGUUGCCUUCAUAGUGCAAAUGGCAUUUAUGCUACUGACUACUUUCACAGCAGAUCCUGCUAUAAGUAUCGUUUUCAUCACACUUGCAGUAGGAGCAGGUGCCUUUCCUUGGUCAGGAUAUGUUGUCAAUGGAUUGGAUUUGGCACCAAGUCAUGCAUCAGUGAUAAUUGGGCUCUCUAAUACUUUUGGAACUCUUUCCGGAAUAUUGAGUCCCAUCGUUAUGGGAUACAUUGUUACUGAUAAGACCCGUGAACAGUGGCAAAUUGUCUUUUAUAUCGCGGCUGGGGUUUAUCUGUUUGGUGCGGUGUUUUGCUGGUUCUUUGUUAGUGGGAAACUUCAGGACUGGGCCAAAAUAGAUCGUGAAGAAUUGGCUGCAAAACAUGCCAAAUACGAUAGCGAUAAAACAACUUCAAAUAAAUUAUAGAUUUUAACUUU